AUGGCGUGUGAUACCUUCGCUGCCAUGGGGGAAUAUUUUGAGCAGUACAGUUACUCUACUUUUGAGGAUGUCCAGUCGGGAUGGAGUGAGUACAGUGACCAUUACGACGUGGACCAGCAAUAUGACAAUGGAAUUACGUAUGACAUUCCAGUACAACAUGAGUACUAUUAUGAACAGUCAGGUGAGCAUAAGUAUCUCAAUCAAGAGGUGUCAUCUGGAACGGUCGUGUGUUAUGACUUUGGACUGGAAACCAAGCAAAACCAGGAGAAAAAGUACCCGGAUAAAACAAAACCGACAGAUAUGGUCAGACUAGGAGCCACCGUGCGCGAGAGAAACAGAAUGCAUAUGCUGAAUGAUGCCUUCGAUGAACUUCGCAAAGCGGUUCCGAAAAAUAACUUGGGUGAGCAUCAAAAAUUGUCAAAAAUCGCUACUCUGCGACUAGCGAUUCGAUACAUCUCGUCCUUGACCAAAACUCUGAGAGAUGCAGGGGUGGAAGUUCGUAUUGUGAGGAGUUCGGGAAUCACAGACCGUAGAGGAAAACGACGAGGAGUUCGAAGGCCGGCUGUAGAAAAGACACCAAGGUUUUCCGAAUAAAUGCCUGAAAACUUAAUGACUUCAAUAAUCAUUUAGUUAAUAUUUCAUCAAAAUAAAAAUGAAGAAUUCAAAAUUACCGCUUCAAAGAGAACUAACCGAAUACUUCUUAAAAAAGUGACGAAAUUUGCUUUAUGAUAUAAAUCAUAAGAGAACUGGAUUACAUCGUUAGAUGUUGUAAAGGCAUAGACAGGUCUAGAACUUCACAAGAGACUGUGCAAAAGCGGGCUAUUUUGAGCUAU